AUGUCGCAGUAUAUUUUCAUAAAAGAAACUACUCACAAGGUUGUUGAAAUCUCUUCGACGGCCCACGACCGGUUUCGACCUUCUUGUGGCUCAUCAGCUUUGGACCACUUCGGUGCCCAACUGCCAUGCCACCAGAAUGAAGCACGAGGGCUGAGAUACUGCCAGGUUGCCCAAGCCCAGACAGAGGAAGUCGAGAGGCAGAGGUCGGGUUUGAACCACGGACCUUCCGGUCAGUAA